UGCCACAUAUCAUAUUAUUUGGAUAAGAUCAGACAGAACAUUUCUUCCCACUUCACUUAGUCGUCGCAUAUUAAACAAAGCAAUAUAACUGCAUAGAUAAAUCAUUUCCAUAUGUAUAUAAUAACCAAGUAAAAAGUAUCAUAUAGUUAUACAUCAAUACUUGUGAGACAAAGUCCCACAGACAGAUGGGAGAAUGCAAAACUGUCCUCUUCGACAAAUACACGAUCGGAAAACUCCUCGGCACCGGUAACUUCGCCAAGGUGUACCACGGCACAGAGAUAUCCACCGGCGAUGAGGUGGCAAUCAAAGUCAUCAAGAAAGACCUCGUGUUAAAACGCCGAGGCAUGACGGAGCAGAUCGAGAGAGAGAUCGCCGUCAUGCGGCUCCUCCGCCACCCUAACGUCGUCGAGCUCCGCGAAAUGAUGGCGACGAAGACGAAGAUCUUCUUCGUCAUGGAGUACGUCGACGGAGGGGAGCUUUUCGAGCGGCUGGACAGAGACGGGAAGCUCCCGGAGGAUCUUGCGCGGAAGUAUUUUCAGCAGCUGAUCUCCGCCGUCGAUUUUUGCCACAGCCGCGGCGUGUUCCACCGCGACAUCAAGCCGGAGAAUCUUUUGCUCGACGGAGACGGCGAUCUCAAGGUGACGGAUUUCGGACUGUCGGCGUUGAUGAUGCCGGAGGGGCUCAGCGGAAGACGCGGCAGCAGCGACGAUCUUCUCCAUACGAGGUGCGGGACUCCGGCUUACGUGGCGCCGGAGGUUCUCCGGAACAAAGGAUACGACGGAGCUAGGGCGGAUAUUUGGUCGUGCGGCAUCGUUUUGUAUGCUCUCCUCGCUGGCUUCUUGCCGUUUAUUGAUGAAAACGUCAUGACAUUGUACACAAAGAUAUUCAAGGCGGAAAUCGACUUCCCGCCAUGGUUUUCACCAGACUCGCAGGAACUGAUCUCAAAACUGCUUCUGUCGGAUCCUGAACAACGGAUCACAAUGUCGGAGAUAAAACAGUUCCCAUGGUUCCGUAAAAAUUUCACACCGCCGGAAGCUUUUUCCAUCGACGAGACACUCCCAUCUCCACCGCCGGAGCCACCGUCAAAGAAGAACAAGAAACACCUGAACUUGGACGAAGAAGACGGCGGAUCUUCCCCUAGAUCCUUCAACGCCUUCCAGCUCAUCUCAUCGAUGUCCUCAGGUUUCGACCUCUCCAGCUUAUUCGAGAUAAAAAGGCAGCCGAAAAGGAUGUUCACGUCGAAGUUACGGGCCAUCACGGUGAAGGAGAAGCUAGAGGAAGCGGCGCCCGAGAUGAACAUGAGGGUGAAGCACGUGAAAGACUGCCAGAUAAAGCUGCAGAGGAGAACGGAAGGUCGUAAAGGGAGGCUCUCGGUGACGGCGGAAGUUUUCGAAGUCGCUCCUGAGGUCUCUGUCGUUGAGUUUUGUAAAACCUCCGGCGACACUUUGGAGUAUCAGUUGUUUUGCGAGGAUGACGUCAGGCCAGCUCUUAAGGACAUCGUCUGGUCAUGGCAAGGUGAUGAUGACGACGACAAUGUUAACACACAUGAUCAUGAUAACAAUUAAUUCAUUAACAAAUAAAUAAACUUCAUGAGCUGUAACACUCCAAUUUUUUUUUGGCACUGCAUGCGAGAGAGAAUGUCCUAUUGUGAAACUUGUUUAAUAUCAUAAUUGUCAUUAUAAUUAAUAAAAUAUAUAGCACUGUUAUCAUA